AGUCCUCUGCCUGAAAAUGCUGCCUGCGACCUUCAAGCUGUGCGCUGGCAUCUCCUACCGACACAUGAGGAACAUGACCGGUCUGAGAAGGAACGCCAUGGUUGCCAUUCACCACGAGCUGAACCGACUGGCGGGUCCGAGUCCCAGUAACUGGAUUAGCCAGGUUCGCAGGAGGAGCUCUCUUCUCAGUUCUCGGAUCAGAGAGGAGGAGCAGUUCAGUGAGGAGGAGGUCUCCUACAUCAAGCAGGGGGAGGAGGCCCUGCAGAGGGCCAUCGGCAUCCUCAGCGAGCAGGACGGCUGGACCACUGAAAUCGCAGACGCCAACGGAGACAAGGUCCUGAGUAAGGAAAUACCAGACAUCGGGAAGGUGUUCAAGCUGGAGGUGAUGAUGGAGCAACAUCCCGACAACCUUUACCAGGAGCUGGUGGGCAACAUGGAGCAGAUGGGGGAGUGGAACCCCAAAAUCAAAGAGGUCAAGAUUCUUCAAAGAAUUGGCCAGGACACGAUGGUCACCCACGAGGUGCCUGCGGAUAACGUGCUGGGCCGGAGAGACUUCGUCAGUGUCCGAUGUGCCAAACGGAGAGGCUCCACCUGCUUCCUGGCUGCGAUGUCCACCAAACAUCCCACGAUGCCCGAGCAGAGCGGCGUGGUCAGGGCAGAGAACGGUCCUACAUGUAUCGUCAUGAAACCAUGUGCUGACGACCCCAACAAGACCAAGUUCACCUGGUUACUGAACAUGGAUCUGAAGGGCUGGAUCCCGAAGACGAUCAUCAACAAAAUGCUCUCGCAGACGCAGGUGGAGUUUGCCAACCACCUCAGGCUGAGGAUGGCUGACAACGUUUCCAUGGAGACGGCUCACGCCUGCUAACACGGGGAGGUCCCUGGAGCUUUUGGCCCCCGACGCACGAGAUGGAGACAGGAGGCGGGAGACUGACUGAAGAAUCAUGCAAAUAAAAAAAAAAAACGAGAGAUGUGACGGCACAGUUGAUUUCGCUUUUUUAAUUUAUUGCUUUUAUCCGAUGUCACCCCAGUGUAAACGACCGGCUCAUCAGUUCCUCGUAUUUCUAUGACACUACCCUACCGUACUGUACACUGAUUUAUCCCCUUCACCCUGAUGCACAAAAACCCCAAAAUAAAAUGAUGCUAAC